AUGUACAGGUGCAGAUGCCAUUUGACACAAGUGGAAAAGCAAAAGAUUUUGCAAGGCAGCAUCAACAGAUCUGUGCACCCUCCUGAUGUAUGUAACAAGAAAAACCAGGCUAUGGCAGGGGGCAAAAUGGGCAGAACACCUUCCAGAUCUGAUAGUGCAACCACAUCUGCUGGGAAGAUGACAAACACAAAGAAUCCGUUAAUCCCGCAGCAUUAUGGAUUGACUACUACUUCUAAUCCAUCAACUUCAGAUUGUAAUCGAACUACCACAGCCAGUGUGAUACUAAAAUCCUCUGAAAAGAAAAAGAAGCGAUAUACCGACUCUUCUAGUUUCUUUGACAGGUUGUGGUGUAUGGAAAUAGUUAAUCUAGUGAUGACAUGUGAGGUGGAAAAGCAAAAGAUUUUGCAAGGCAGCAUCAACAGAUCUGUGCACCCUCCUGAUGUAUGUAACAAGAAAAACCAGGCUAUGGCAGGGGGCAAAAUGGGCAGAACACCUUCCAGAUCUGAUAGUGCAACCACAUCUGCUGGGAAGAUGACAAACACAAAGAAUCCGUUAAUCCCGCAGCAUUAUGGAUUGACUACUACUUCUAAUCCAUCAACUUCAGAUUGUAAUCGAACUACCACAGCCAGUGUGAUACUAAAAUCCUCUGAAAAGAAAAAGAAGCGAUAUACCGACUCUUCUAGUUUCUUUGACAGGUUGAAUAUAGCUUCUACAUUCAGUUAUUGCUGCAUUAUUAUUUGUUUGUUGCCAUUUUAUAAUUGGGAGCUACUUUGA